GCAACCUCCCACUGAUCGAGAGAGAGAGAGAGAGUGUGUGCGUGCCAUUCCCUUCGGCCGCCUAUUCCACCGCCGCUCGCCGUUCUUCCGAAUUCAGGUUUCUGCUGCAAGCAUAUUGAAAGAAUGGCAUACGCAACAAUGAAGCCCACAAAGCCGGGGAUGGAGGAGCCCCAUGAGCAGAACCAUAAAAUCAGAAUCACCCUCUCUUCCAAGGAUGUAAAUAACCUUGAGAAAGUUUGCUCUGAUUUGGUCCGAGGUGCCAAGGACAAAAGACUUAGGGUUAAGGGGCCAGUGAGGAUCCCAACCAAAGUUCUCCAUAUCACCACUAGGAAGUCUCCUUGUGGAGAAGGUACAAACACAUGGGACAGGUUCGAGCUUCGGGUGCACAAGAGGGUGAUUGACCUGUUCAGCUCGCCCGAAGUCGUGAAACAGAUCACCUCAAUCACCAUUGAACCUGGGGUUGAGGUUGAAGUCACCAUUGCCGAUUCUUAGCAGCACUAGUUCUUAAGCAUCAUAAUGUACCAGUAUUCAUUAUAGUUAAUAUCGAAUUGCGAGACUUUUUUAUUUAUUCAAAUAUUCAUUCCAAGAAUGAACAAAUUCUAUCCAUCUUAGUGUUGAUGUUUUGAAAGUCUUGUGAAUUUUUUUGCUAGAAUGAAAACCUCUGCAAGAG